AUGGUCCUUCUCUUCUUCCAGACGGGGUUGUACGAAGAUACGCCGGUGGACGGAGUCAUGACCUGGUCCGCGCCUUCGCCCAAACAUGCCAACGUCCUGGUGCUGCUCAACGCGUUGUACACCUCGGGCUUUGCCACAAUGUCACCAACAGUCCCGAGGCUCACUGGUGAGAACUUGUAGAGAUUCUUGCUUCAUGCAGUGUUACAUUUUAAUCUAAAAACAGUUUAAAAACUGUGAAGUCGUAAAAUUUCAGGGAAAACAAUGCAUACGCUAUACGCAAUAAGUUUUAUUGUAUAUACAUCUACCGCGUUCGUCGACUGGAUUCACACAUAUGCGGUGCUCAAGGGAGUCGAGACGUCGUUUCCGCUGAAGGAUUGGUUUGUGGUUUAUAUGGUCGGAAUCAGUGUGACUGGCUCCACUUUGAAUGUGCUUCUGAUUGUAAGUAAAACUGCCAUGUCAAAACAAUCGUCUUUUUGAUAUUUUUGCCGCUAUUUUUUACUACAGUGACUCUCCAAAUAUACAUACUAUGUAAUAUUCAAAAUUUCAGGUGCUAUGCGUUGAAAAUGCAUUCGCAUACCGAGUCCAUGUGACGCCGUAUCGAACCGGGUUGGCGGUUAUUUGGGAGGCCUUUGUGGAAUGGAUUCAUUCCUUCAACAACUUCAGAGUGGCUUUUUUGUUCGCCGUUCUACAUGACUUACCGCUGACUAUCGCCAACUUCUUCUUUAUCUCGUCGUGUCGGCUCUCCGGACCAAAUGUAAGUUCGGCGGAAUGUGGAGAAAUAAACGAGACAAAAAACAAUAUUCCGUAUUUUACAUUUUUUGAGGAAAGCUCGACAAAAAAAGGUGGUAAAAAAUUAGAGUUCGAGCUAUAAGUUGCGAGGCAGAAAGAACUACAUAUAUACUAGACACAAACAAUUUAGUGGCCUUCUGUUCCCGUAUUUUACAUCUUUAGUCAUCAUUUUUUAGGUGCAAUCUUGGCACAUAAUCUUAUCCACUAUUUCCCUCCUAAUCUCCCUCUCCUGGCGAAUGGUAAUGCUCUACUUUGCAUAUCGCCGACUCAUCUGCCCGAAAAACUCGACCAACUCCUCCAACAUGCCGAGUCGUCAGCCCUCUUUUCGUGAGCAUCUGGAGCAGCAAAUCUCCUUCAAGUAAAUCGCUUUGCCACUUUUCUCAGUAAUACAUAAUAUUACUACAACUCCUUGGUUCAAUUCUGUAGCACUAAUCCAGUUACGGCUCUAUUUCCAGCUUUGAUUUGAAUGAUAACGGACGACUUAACGAUUUCGACGAGACCUGGCCCGUUCGUUGGUCCAUAAGCAAGGUGUAUGGGGAAUAUCCGAUCCCAAAACAGGCUGUUCUGUACUAUAAUGAGCCAAUUUAUGGAAACAAAUGUCUGAAGAUCCUGGAGACAGCUUUUUGGUUUGCUGUCUUACAUGUGAGUUGUUAUACUUGCGACACAAGUAAUCAUUUUUCAGAUUUCCGACGCAAUAAAGUCGACGUUAAAACGUGUAUGUUGCAUAACGCUGACAUUGACAACGUACAUUUGCUGUUGCGCCGUGGGGUGCACUCCAUGUUUGAGCUACUAUUUCUGCCGGAAAACAAGUCUUUCCAAACGACACAAGUGCUCCAAAACUUUUGUACGGUAAGGAUAAUUCUACAACUGAAGCUCGCCGACAGUCACGAUUGUAUUUUCUUUGAAUUUUGAGCACGUAUUGUCACUAGGCUAAAUGCCAAUUUUCAAAGUUUAAGCAUGGUCCUUACGGCGGGAACUGAACUAUCAGUCUGUCGGGAAAAUAAUAAGCGCUGCGAAAGUGAAAAGCAACUUUAUUUUCCCCGCGGCGCAAUUCAUUUUCGUUGCGGCGAUGCGAAUUCCGAUGCGACAGAGUGCUCAUUAUUUUCCCGACAGAACGAUAUAAGCAAUGUCAGCUCACUAACUGUUCUAUUCAGAUUUUUCACCAUCUUCUUUCACUACUUUAUGAUGUUCUUCUCCACCAUAUCAACAAUCACCUUGAUCAUGCUCAAUCUGAUACUGCUUACCUCAAUUCAUACCAUUGGUUCGAACACGUUGCCGCCGGAAAUCUUUCAAGUAGGCUGUUUAUGUAAUGUAGAAAUCAAUCUGUCGGGAAAAUAAUGUGGAUUUGUCGCAGCAAAAAGUGUCUCUUCGUCACGGUCACCACAUCUCCAUCCGCGUCUAGCCGUCGCUAGGAGAUAGUGGGUGAUAUCAGGACGCGACAGAUCCACAUUAUUUUCCCGACAGACUGAUGCAUAUUUUCUGAGAAAUAGAACAUAAAAACAGCUCAUAAAAUAAUGAAAAAUAAUCCCUCAAAAUUUCUUUCAGGUAUGUCAUGCUGUCGACUUCGAGCAUCGCAUAAUUACGCCACACAUCAUGCCGGCGCUGACAAAACUGCAGAAUAAUACAAACGAAAACCUGCGAUGGGUUUGCAAACCGAUCUGGGCGAAUCCCUACACCAGAGAGAGAAUGCACGAUGGCCCAUGGCAGGCUAGGCUCAGGAUCAACGAUGAUAUGUCGCUUGUAAGUCGGCGAAAAUACGAAAAAUACCGUCAGACAUUGUGCUCCAUUUCUUCCGAAAUUAUUUAAAAAAUAAACCGUCCCUAAUUUUUCAAAAAUUUUUCAGGCGAUUUCCACUCAUUUCUACUCCAAUUACUCUGCCAAACCAGUAGAACAUGUGAUCUUAUACGACCAUGCCAUCCUACACAUGGACCGCAGAGAGUGCUGGCAUGACAUAAAGAGUGGUUGGAAGUUUGAAAAUCGGUUGAAUCAACUGAAUUGGCCCUAUUUUUCUGCAUGCAUGCCCACGCUAAAGUUGGUAAAAGACUAUCUUAUCCAUUGCCCUUGGCCUUUCAAUCCGCAUAUUCGAUAA